AUGAGUGAGAGGGCCAUACGGAACUGGAACACAGGCAGCUGGCUGCUGGCACUUUGCCUGGCCUGGCUGUGGACCCACCUGGCCUCGGCCUCCUUGCAGCUUCCAACUCCCACAGGCCUCGUGAAGCAGGGCACCUGCGAGGUGAUUGCUGCUCACCGCUGCUGCAACCGGAACCGCAUUGAGGAGCGCUCCCAGACUGUCAAAUGCUCCUGCUUUUCAGGCCAGGUGGCCGGCACCACGCGGGCAAAGCCCUCCUGUGUGGACGACUUCCUCUUGACUGCUUGUCCUCCCAGAGAGUUUAGGGCUGCCCUCACUUUCCUGCUCCCACAGCCUCCAUUGUCCUACAGAAGUGGUGGUGUCAGAUGGAGCCUUGCCUGCCAGGGGAGGAGUGUAAGGUGCUCCCUGACCUGUCGGGAUGGAGCUGCAGCAGUGGACACAAAGUCAAAACCACCAAGGUUACACGAUAGUGCUUGGGGGUCAUGGCCUGGACAGGACAGGCUCAAUUGA